GACGGGCACGCCCCCAGCGGCUCGGGCUGCCGCUGAGCCCGGCUCAGUGUUGCCGGUGUCGGCUGCUGGUAUUGUGCACGGCACGGGCUCAGCAUGAUCGUAUGUCCCCAGAGCGUGGAGCACCCCCGAGGAAGCCGGUACCAGCGGCUGCCGGGGCAGGUAGUGAAGAUGUCCGGCAGUGACCCUGAGCGCCCCCAGUUCUUCUUCGUGAAGGUGCUGGCGAGCCGGGGGUGGCUGGAGGCAGUGACCCAGCAGAUGGGCUACCACCCGCAGUACCUCGACAGCUUCCUCAAGACGCAGCACUACCUGAUGCACAUGGACGGCCCGCUGCCCUUUGACUGCCGGCACUACAUCGCCAUCAUGGCAGCCGCCCGGCACCAGUGCCGGUACCUGGUGAACCUGCACGUGUUGCAGUUCCUGCGAGCAGGGGGCGAUCCCCAGUGGCUGCGUGGCCUCGACUUCAUCCCACCCAAACUCCGCAAUCUCAAUGAGAUCAACAAGAUCCUGGCACACCGUCCAUGGCUCAUCACCAAGGAGCACAUUGAGAAGCUGCUGAAAAUUAGUGAGUGGAGCUGGUCACUGGCAGAGCUGGUGCACGCCGUUGUCCUCCUGGCACACUGCCACGCGCUCGCUAGCUUUGUCUUCGGCUGCGGCUGCGAGCAGGACGAGGGGUCAGGGGGCCGAGGCUCACUGAAGCUCUUGUCGCCCGGGAACCAGUGCUUCUGUGAAGCCACCACCAGCAGUGGCUGCAGCCAGGAGCUGCUGUGCAUCAACCGCAAGCGGUCCCUGGACUCCUGCAUGGAGCUGGAUUCCCUCCGGGAAUGCAUGCAGCGGAUCCAUGUGGAGACUGAGGGCAGGGAGGAGACGAGGCUGCUGCAGCAGGACCGAGAGGAAGAUACCAAUGGGGAAGUCACCAGUGCCACCAACCUUGCAUGCUACAUGCAAGACCCUGACUUUGGAUACCAGGACUUUGCCCGGCGCAACGAGGAUCAGACGCAGGUAUUCAGAGUCCAGGAUUACUCUUGGGAAGACCAUGGCUUCUCGCUGGUCAACCGGCUCUAUUCUGACAUCGGGCAUCUCCUGGAUGAGAAGUUUCGGAUGGUGGAUGGUCUGCAAAGCAGUGCCAUGGCCAAGCGGCAGGGCUGUGAACCCUCUGUCUUCAAGCGGGGUGUCUGGAACUACAUCCACUGCAUGUUUGGCAUUAGGUACGAUGACUACGACUAUGCAGAAGUGAAUCAGCUCCUGGAGCGAAUGCUCAAAGUUUACAUUAAAACUGUAACCUGCUACCCAGAGAAGACAAACUCAGAAAUGUUUGACAGGUUCUGGAAGCAGUUCAAGCACAGUGAAAAGGUGGGACAGUUGGCCCCUGGCUCUGACUGGCUGUGGUGGGGCCAGGAACAGGCAGGGGCUGCAGGCUGGGGUGUUUCGGGUGUUUUUGAGCCACCAAACCAGUCUGAGGCAGGUGGGGGGGUGAAUGGAAACUGGCUGUUUGUAAGGAGUUGGGUUUAGCGUGGCAUGGGACUGCCCACAGUGAGAUAACACGAGCCAUCAGCAGCGUGGGGAUCUCCAAGGCCAUUACCCCAUUGGUGAGCGCCUCCAGGUGAGCCCUUGGUCCAGCCAUAACUUGCAGGAGCAGCUGCUGUGGGUGGCAAGGACCAUGCCGGUGCCAGCCUAGCAUGCUGGUGCCAAGUGUGCUGGGCACUCCCCAGCAUGUGGCUCUGGGAGGCAACCACAGCCUGCAGAACUGGGAGGAGAGGAAAAGGGCCCCUGUCUGUGCUGUGGAAAAACUGGUGGUAUUUUGUUUCAUGCCAAAAGACUCACUAGCCUGGGUAGGCACUUGCUUGCACUGCUGCCCGCAGCACACUGUGGCUUCCUGAACCUCUAUUGCUUCUCCCUUAGGUCCACGUGAACCUGCUCAUCCUGGAAGCCCGAAUGCAGGCAGAGCUGCUGUACGCAUUGCAGGCCAUCACCCAGUACAUGAUCUCCUAGAUGGUGGGGAGCUGUGCUGUGGCAGGGCUGGGGAGCAUCCUCUCUCCCUGGACUCGUGGGUGACCCAUCAUGCUGGGAUGGACAGCAAGGGAUUACUCAAUUUAGUUUACUUGACUGUCUUGUUCCUUACCCUCCCCGUCCCUGCCCUUGUGGGGCUCGCUGAGUGGCCCAUUAUGUGCAAUUACCAAACUGUGAUGCAAGUCCGUGCUGCUGAGAUGUCAGUGUGAUGCUAGAGACUUGAACGUGUCCAAGGAGGACUGCAAAAGACGUGGGGGGAGAGGGAGGCAGGAGAGGACUGGGGCCAGUUUAGAGGGAUGCUCUCCCAUGAGCAGAAGCUCCUUGUCUGGGUGCUGUGGGAGCCUCAGCUACCACAGGGAGGACAGAAGGGAGAGCCGGCUUCCUUCCCUGUGCUGCAGCAGCUGCCCUGCUUGCAAACCACCCCUUGGCACCUGGCCUCAUUGGGGUGAUAUAUCUUGCUUGGGAACAGCACAGGCAGCUCAUGGGUGCGUUGCAAUGUCCCAAGUUGCAUGGUCAGACACAGUCAGACAGGGAGGAGCACUGGGUCUGAGAGAGGGCCCUUCCCCAGCCGUGACAGGAAAGGGAUGUGCUUGCUGCCUACAUGUCCUUCCCUCUAGGUCUGUGUGCCAAACCCCUCUGGGAUGAACAAGCGAUGACCCAGGUGAACUCCAAACUGUGAAGUUCUUGCUGGCAAGGUGCCCUAGUGUUCUGUCUUCUCCGACAGUGUUCAGGCUCUGGAGGUUUCUGCAGGGGACUUUGGGCAGUCCUCAGGAAGUUUGCCCCAAAGCCCCUUCUCUGCCUCCCAUCAGCAGAGGGGGCAGGAGGAACAAGGGAGGCUUGUUGAGUUAAAGUGGCUUGUAUCUUCUUACCACCAUGAGAGGGCUCAGGUCCUGUGCCUAGUCACUUGCUGCUUAACAGCAUGGUAGAGGAGCCCGUGGUUGGCACAGGUGACCUACAGGAAGCUUCUCCUUGAAGGGGGCUGGGGGAGACUCCCUGGGCUGUCCCCAUUUGAACAGAGGCAGCCAGUGUACCAGCCUUGCCCUCUGCCUGGCAGGCAGGAACAUGCACCACAACUCCCCCCGUCCCAGGACUGCCUCCUGCCCGUGUCACAGCCCCUAGCUGGGGAGGUACAAGGGAUCUGGCACAGGCUCCAGGGAGUAGCCACAAAAGGGGAGUGAGGCCAUCUGUGAUAAGUGGAAGCCUGAAGCAAGGGCAGCUGUUGAGUCAGCCCAGCGCACACUGCUUCAGUCAACCUGUUUACUGCAUAAAUGUACGGGGAGAAAACCUCGUGUAUGGAAGCUAAAGAAAAAGCCUAUUUUUGCUAUAAAUAUAUUAUGUUUGACAU